GCCGACCUUGAUAAUCAUCCUGUUAUAAUUGUUUCAUCUGCUGCUAAUCAAGCAGACAAUAGGAAUAUGGAAUACAGUGAAAAAGUGUCCAGUAGUCAAGAUACAGAUAGUGAUGAAGGCAACAUACUUCCACAUAAACGAAAACGAAGGAAACCUGAAACUGGCAGUAGGGAUAAAAGGAAAAGAAAAGCUGUUAGCCGUGAUAUUGAUCCUCCUUUUAUAACAACCUCACCAGGCCAAGUUGAUUUUUUAAUACCAUCCUCAACUGCAAACUGGAAUACUACUCAUCUUGAAUCAUUGAGGAUUUAUUUUGAAAAUGCACCUCAACCAAUUUCAGAACUUUUGGAUAAAGUAUAUGAGAGUACUGGAAUGUUCGGUCCUCUGAAUGAAGAACAAUUGAAGCAUGUUAAGAAACAACAGGAUAGUAUGUUAUUUUCCACCAGUUUAGCUGAUGUGAUGACUUAUGCUUCUGAAUAUUAUCAUUAUUCAAAUAAACAUUGUGAUUCAAGAAGUUAUGAAGAAAUCAUAACAGAACUUGGUAGAGUUGGUCUUCUCCGAAAACAAGACCAAAGUCUUGAUCAAGUAGUUUACUUUUUAAACCAUAUAUUGGUGAUAAUUAAAAAAAUGAGAUCAUCAUUAAAGACAUUGCCCAAAGCUGGUUUUAAGGACUUGUUUAAAAUAUUUAUCCAGUUUGGUGGUCUUUUUGCAAGUGAUGGAAAACUUUGGAAGGCAGAAAAAAUAAUUCUUAAAGAUCUUGAAGUUACAUCAGAAGCAGAUGUUGCAAUAACAACAGUGGGAACAGAUCAAGAUGAAUUUGAUGAUAUAAGUACACUUGUUUCUAUUGUUGAGGUUAACAACCAUGACAGCUUAACAUCCCAAAAAAUAAAAGAACAACAAAUAAAAACACUGUCCAGGUUAGCUUCAGAUUCUUCUGACAGUCACCUGAGUGAAGGACCUGCUCAAGGAAUGCAACCAAUCUGUAAUUGGAUUAGCAGUAGUGUUCUUGGUCAGCAUGGUGGAGAGUUAUUAAUUCAUUUUGAUAAGUUUUCUGGGAUUUUAAAACAGAAAGAUUUUUUCUACCACUCGGGCAUGAUUCUAUAUGGAACAAAGGUAAUAUCUACCUUACUAGUUUGCAGUAAAAAGCAUUGGAUGGAAAUUACAGAUACAGAUUCUGUUAAAAAGGGGACAAGUUUCAUUUCCUAUUCAGAACCCAAGGAUUUGUUAAUUAAGAAAGACCGUGAUGAAUUGCUUGUACAUAUUGCUAGAUUGAACAGUAUUUGUUGAUUUUUCAUAUUCAUACAUUAUAUAAGGAAAGGAUGCAAGUUUGUUCAUUUUUGAAUCACUUGGUUAAAGUUCAUACAAUUCUUUCGUCCCUACCUUAGCAUAAGUAUUCCAUUGUCAACAUUUCCAAAUUGCUAAUAUAAAGAUACUUUAUUGAUACCAGUACUUUGCAAAAUGUUCUUUAGAAGGCUGUAUUAAAGCUUGUUAUUUAAUGAUGAGAACAGAUGACCAUAAUUGUGCAACAUAAAAAAAUUCAGAUUAGCUUACACUUCAAAGAGCUUAUUUUUGAGAACUGCUAAAUCAAUGGAAAUCAAAUGUGACAAAGAAGUUAAUCUUUUAUGCCCUACAGAGAGGUGACAUGGGCAUAUAGUUUUACUCUUACACAUACAUUAUUUAUGUACACAGGCAUGUACAACAAAAUAUAAAAAUAAGGAGAUGUGGUAUGAUUGCCAUUUUAUGACAACUAUUCAAAAUUUUUGUACAUCCCAAAAUUGAUUUCCAGAUGCUAACUUGAGUAAGUCUCUGUCAAAUCAUUUUAAAUUAAAAAAAUAAUGUUAGCCACCACUAAACAAAGACCCAGUUUGAAUAAGACAGAUUUGAUUUUUUUGUUUCUCUGAGUUAUAGCCUUGAAAGAGUGGAAAUUCGCCAAAUUUUUUCAUUUUAUGAGAAUAACAUGAGGAAACCCCCACCUAAAAACAGAUAUUGUUAGGAAACAAUUAAUACAGAUCCAGUUUAAAUCUGAUUGAAUUCGUUUCUGUCUUUCAUGAGUUAUGCCCUUGAUUAUAGUGAAAAAAUAACCCUUUUUAAGGCAAUUGGCUUUAUGGUAUAGUGAGACUGCCAUAUUUGUUAACUACCGGUAGAUUCAUGCCAAACUGGUAGAAGUAGAAUCUUCUUCUGUUACAAUAAAUGUCGUUGGAUUUUUUGGAGUAUUGUAAAUCAAAAAAAAAUUUAAAGACAAUUGUGGACAUGAAGUUUCAAAACGCUUAUUUAUAAAUUUAUUUUGCAUUUUUGUCGAGCCUGCGACUUUUGUCGCAGAAAGCUCGACAUAGGGAUAGUGAUCCGGCGGCGGCGGCGUUAGCUAACUUCUUAAAAGCUUUAUAUUUUAGAAGGUGGAAGACCUGGAUGCUUCAUACUUUGUAUAUAGAUGCCUCAUGUUACGAAGUUUCCGUCAGUCACAAGUCCAAUGUCCUUGACCUCAUUUUCAUGGUUCAGCGACUACUUGAAAAAAAAGUUCAGAUUUUUUGGAAUGUUAAAUUCUCUCUUAUUAUAAGUAAUAGGAUAACUAUAUUUGGUAUGUGCGUACCUUGCAAGGUCCUCAUGCCCGUCAGAUAGUUUUCACUUGACCUCGACCUCAUUUCAUGGAUCAGUGAACAAGGUUAAGUUUUCGUGGUCAAGUCCAUAUCUGAGAUACUAUAAGCAAUAGGUCUACUAUAUUUGGUAAGGGGUACAUGUCCAACUGGCAGGUGUCAUCUGACCUUGACCUCAUUUUCAUGGUUCAGUGGUCAUAGUUUAGUUUUUGUGUUUUGGUCUGUUUUUCUAAUACUGUAUGCAAUAGGUCAACUGUAUUUGGUGUAUGGAAAUAUUGUACGAUGUUCAUGUCAGUCUGGCAAGUUUUAUUUGACCUUGACCUCAUUUUCACGGUUCAUUGCUCAAUGUUAAUUUUUUGUGUUUUGGUUUGUUUUUCUAAUACUGUAUGCAGUAGGUCAACUAUAUUUGGUGUAUGGAAAUAUUUUACGAUGUACAUGUCAGUCUGGCAUGUUUUAUUUGACCUUGACCUCAUUUUCAAGGUUCAUUGCUAAAUGUUAAGUUUUUGUGUUUUGGUCUGUUUUCCUAAUACUAUAUGCAGUAGGUCAACUAUAUUUGGUGUAUGGAAAUAUUUAAUGAUGUACAUGUCAGUCUGGCAGGUUUUAUUUUACCUUGACCUCAUUUUCAUGGUUCAUUGCUUAUGUUACAUUUUUGUGUUUUGGUCUGUUUUUCUUACACUUUAAGCAAUAGGUCAGCUAUAUUUGGUGUAUGGAAUGAUUGUAAGGUGUACAUGUCUAACUGGCAGGUGUCAUUUGACCUUGACCUCAUUUUCAUGGUUCAGUGGUCAAAGUUAAGAUUUUGAGUUUUGGUCUUUUUUUCUAAUACUAUAUGCAAAAGGUCAACUAUAUUUGGUGUAUGGAAGUAUUUUAUGAUCUUUAUGUCAGUCGCGCAGUUUUUAUUUGACCUUGACCUCAUUUUCACAGUUCAUUGCUCAGUGUGAAGUUUUUGUGUUUUGGUCUGUUUUUCUUAAACUAUAAGCAAUAGGUCAACUAUAUUUGUUGUAUGGAAGAAUUGUUAGCUGUACAUGCCUGCCUGGCAUGGUUCAUCUGACCUUGACCUCAUUUCCAUGGUUCAUUGUUCAAUGUUUAGUUUUCUUGGUUAAUGUUAAGUUUAUGUGACAGUUGUAAGAAAGCUUUAUAUUUAGGACUAUCAACAUAAUAUCAAUGAUUAGUAAAGAAGGCGAGACAUUUCAGCGUGUGCACUCUUGUUUAUAUUAAACUAUUGACUGCCUUAUUUACGUUUGAAAAAUUAAGUAGAAAUCAUUCAUUAGAUUUUUCAUAAUAAAUUUUAUUCAAUUA